AUGAAUAUUUUAUAUAAGCCCAAACCUCUAAGGACUCCUAAAAAGACAUCCUAUUCUCAAUCACUUCCAAAGCUCAAUAAAAUAGCAACAUGCACGCACCACAAUAAAUGUUUUUUCCAUUCCACUACCGCCCCAGACCUCUCACCUGCAGCAACAGAUCGCGUUUUUGUAAAAGAGCUUGAAGUAAAAAUCGAAAGCCAGCGCAAAGAUCUAGAAGAAAGAAACGUAGCCCUUGACUCCUUAGCCACACAUUUUGAAAAUUUAGUCAAAAUGUAUAAGGAAGAAAAAAACAAGACCCAGGAAUUAAAAGAAAAAAACCUUGAUUUAUUGAAUGAAAAUCUAGUUAUAAGGAAAAACUUUGAAGAAUAUAAAGCUAAAAAAAAAGCUGAAGGAGCCAUAGUGACAGAAGGAAAUAAUGACUAUGAAAAUUUGAAAAUUGAACUAGUUGAUAUGAAAAAAGAGCUUGAAAAUAAGGUAAUUUCCCAGCAGGAAUUUAGAAUAUACCAAUGAAAUUAAUAAUUUAUAUAGCCAAAAUGAAGAACUUGAAAAUAAAAUAAAAGGCUUGGAAAAAGUGUUAAAAGACGAAAAGAAUAGGUAUGAGAAUGAAAUAGUCCAGCUUCAAAUCAAAGGGGAGUUUUUUAAAAAAGAUUUAUUAGAAGCCAAUAAGAAGAUCCAGGAAUUAGAAGAAGCAAAACCAACAAUAAUUUUGAUGCAUAAUGAUGAACAAGGCAGCAAAAAAAUUGAAUUAGUAGAAAAUGAGACAGAAACUGAUAAAAACCAGUUUUCUGAUUUUACAGAGAUGAUUGGAUUUUUUAAUAAUUUUGAAAAGCCACAGAUUGAGGUCUGUUUAGGCUUAGGGUCGAUAGAAAUACCUUCUGGGUGCGAUUGGAUAAAAAAAGCUGAAGCAUUGCAAGACCAAGUUUAUAAAUUAACUGACCAAAUGUCGCUUAUGGCUAAACAUAAGCAGGAAGCUGAAGAAAAACUUGAUAGAGCGCUGGUUGCAAGAAAAGAAAUUGUAUUCAGUGUUGAAGAAAUGAGAAAAAACCAACAAAUAGAAACGUUUAAAUAUGAAAAGUUGAUACAGAAUAUAUCUACUGAGUAUAAAUAUAAAGAAGCAGAAAUAAAAGAACUUGAAGAGUUAUAUAAGAGUAGUGACAGCCAAAGGAAAUUUAUUACUGAAAGCCUUAGGGAGCUUGAAAUAAACAACAGCCAAUUGACAGAAAAGCUUGAAAUUUCGAAUAUAAAAAUUGAAGAACUUACUGAUGAAUUAAAAUAAAAUUGCGAUUUGGUUUGAGAGAAAUUAGCUCUGCUAAUUUUCUCUCAUGGAAUUUUAUUUAUGGGGUUGGGUUUUCCUGGAGAAUUUUUGGACAGUAAAAAGGUUUAAUUUUUUUAUAAGAUAUAGGCACUGCUCCAAGUGCAUCAAGAGAAUUAAGUUUUUUCUCUCAGCACAUCGAGGAGAACGACCUCAGGUUGAACAUGUGUAGGAGUAUAUUAAGGUAGAAUGAGUGCAGCAUGCACAGUGAUGCUUUUUCGCCAGGAUGCGAAGCUUGUUUUGGAUUACCGAGUAGGUCUGAAUAUGGUAAUACCGGUGAUGCCAUCACUUGAAGUUAAAAGGGUGCACUUCGAACCUAGUCACCCCACUGAAGAAGGUAAACACGUUAAAUUCUAGCUACCCCUCUGUGAGCGAAUAAAAAAAUUUUAGUUCACUCGUAGAGGGGGUUAACUUUUUUUUUAAAAAUUAUAUAGAAAAUUUUUUAAAAUUUAAAAAAAUUCCAAUUUGUAAAAAUUGAGAAGCAAAAAAAUAAUUUAAUUUGCGAAAUUUAUGUUUUAAAAAACGCAAGCUGUUUAAAAUUAAACAAAAUUAGCUAGAGAUUUUGUUAUUAUAAUUAUCACUUAUAUAUUACAAUUUUUUUUUCAUAAAUUAAAAAAAUUGUUGUUUGAGGAGUGUAGGUUUUUGGGCAAAAAAUAAGGAUUUUUCCAAUGGUUUUGUUAUCUCACGGAUAGGGGAGUAAGUAAUAUAAGAUUAAGAUUGAUGAAUUAAAUAAAUUAAAAGAGCAAGCUCACCAAAAAGAAAUCCAAUAUGAAGAAAUUGAUAAAAAAGCUGGAAAAACAGCGAAAUGAAAAGAUAGGACAAAAACAUUGAUAGAAGAAAAUAAGGAACUUAGGCAGAGAAACUUAAAGUUAGAGAAAAAUCUUGGAGAAGCCGCUAAUAAAAUGGAGCGAGAAAAAGAAAAAGUACGAAAUAGCGAGUACCAAUCAGAAUCAAAAAUUCGUGAGUUACAAAUCGAAUUAAAUAAUGAAAAAAAUAUCAAUACAGUCCACUCCCAAGAGAUUUUGAGAUUAAAAUCUUCACAAGUUUUAAAAGAAAAAGAAAGCUCCAAGUUCAAUGUUUCAAAUGAUGACUCCCGAAGCCAAAGCCGCAUUCAGCAACUAGAAACAGACUUAGCCAAAUUCAAAGAAGAAAAUGAUAAGCUUCUAAAAACCCAAGAAUACUUUAAAAAUCUUCUAUCAAAUAAAACCCAGCAAAUAACUCAGCUUGAAAUUCAAAUAGAUGAAGCCAAAGCUGAAAUAAAUAACCCACAGUUUAAAAAUCUUCAAUUGAAGUUUGAUGAAUUGUGCUUAAAAGAAGAAAAUAUAGCCAAAAUCUUGGAUAAAAUCAAAGAUAUACUAUUUAUAGAUACUCAAAAUGUCUUAAAGCCUUAAAAUUGUUAUAAUCUUUUAUAGUAAACUUGAAGAGCGCAAGCUUUUGAUCGUUCAAAAAAGGUAUAUGUUCACAGCAUUUGACGCUUAUUUAUCGUGUUGUGUUUGCUCAAACACUGUAGAAGAUGCAGUUGCUGUUGACCCAUGUGGGCAUCUUGUGUGUACAAAAUGUAAAGAUGAUGGCGACAUAAAUUGUCCACAAUGCUUGCAGAGGUUAAGAUUAAGAUUACGAUAACUCUUUGUCGACCCCCACUUAGCUUAGUAUCUAACAGUACAAGCCCUUCCCCCAUGAAUUCCAUCCACUAGCGAACAGCUCUGAACAACGGUAGGUGGAAUCGGCCUAACCGUCGAACCGUUACAGUUGCCUAUGGCCCGGACGAGUCUCUCUUGGUUCCUUGAAUGUGAUUCAAGUACACUUGGGGCUGCCGAAGCAGUCCCACGCGCUGAUUUCCUUCAGAAAGAAUGAACUUCCCUCACUAGGACAAGUAUAGGUGACAGAACCCUAACUCAUACAUUCCAUAUUUAAUUGUGCUUGCAGAGGAUACAAGGAUUUAUUCGGGUUAAGCAUGCAGAUGAUAUGAAUAGAAAGAUUCUUGAGCAAAGGCAGUUAAUUGCAGAAAUCUUAAAUUAA